AUGAAAAUUGAAGUUUUUGAAGAAAGUGGAAGUGCCGCAAAAGAAUAUAUAACAAUAAUCAAAGCUGCAAAUGAAAAUCAAAUGAAAAACGAAGGGUCUGAGCCCAUGGCCAAGGAUGAACAAACCCUGCAAAUACAACUGCCUGCCUAUGUGAAAAUUACAAUCAUCACGUGGGCAAGCAGGAGCGCAGUUUUCAUCCAUUCACUGACUGUGCGUGCGCUCGUUUCCCGGUCAAGCAAUUGUGUUCAUUCUCGCUCCUAUUGCCGUUCGGAAAUCUAAAAAAAUGAACACAUAACUUUACUGCAGUUGCCGUUCUUUUCUGCAGUUGCGCAUGUGCCUCUGCUGAAAAACUUGCAUUCGUUUCCUGGCCCCCGUGGGCAGAAUGCGGCGGAACUGUCGGAAGUGGGGCGAUUUACUUUUUGCCAUUUGCGCAAACACUUUGGGAAGAUGCGCAGCGCUUUUCGAGCCGGGCGACCGGGGGUCAGCCACGAAAAUGGUUGUCGCACGCAGCACGCGCUUUGGCUUUUUACUUCGGAAGGGCGCGAGCGUCUUCUCGUGUUCUGCCUGCGCUCGGAGCCGGGAAAAGCCUUUUGCCUACCGCGCGCACCUAUUUCGGCUCCAUCGUUGGUAGUGGUGAUGGUGUGCGUGUGGUGUUUUGUCGUUUAAGAGCGGGAAAAAAAGUCGGCGUGUUGCGCCCGCACAGGCGCCGUUGUUUUGGUACUUGCCUGCGAUGUCCUUGUCGCGUUCGGCAAUCGAGGGCCGCGGCGGGCCGAAAAAAAAAUGUUGCGCGCUGCGCGCCCGCAGACGCCCUGAUCUGCUUCGGUAGCUGCGGGCCGGAGCGAAAAACUUUUUUCGCGCGCUGCGCGCGCAGGCUCCAUGACCUAGUGUUGGCGCCACGUUCAUAGUCUUUUUUUCGCGUCCAGCAGUCGGGGCCUGGCCGAGCAAAUUAGUUCGCGCGCUGCGCGCGCAGGCGCCCUGACCUGGUACGGGCGCGAUAGAGUUUUUUUUUCACGUCCACCAAUCGGGACUGGCCGAAAAAUGCAAUUUUUAGCGUGCGCCCUGCGCGCGCAGGCGCCCGGACCUGUUGAGGGCGCGACAUUUAGUUUUUUUUUCGCGUCCAGCGAUCGGGGGCUGGCCGAAAAAAAUUUGUCGCUUGCUGCGCGCGCAGGUGCCCUGACCUCGUGAGGGCGCGACGGAAUUUGCUUCACGCAUCCACCAAUCGGGGGCUGGCCGAGAAAAUUUUUAGCGACCUGCGCGCGCAGGCGGUCUGGCCCGGUUUGGGCGCAACAUUUACAAUUUUUUUUGGCGCCCAGCAAUCGGGGGCUGGUCGAAAAAAAAACUAUCGCGCGCUGCGCGCACAGGCGCCCUGGCCUGGUGACUCCGCCAAUUUUUUUGUCGCGUCGUCCCAGCAAUCAGGGCCUGGCAGAGAAAAGAUUUUAGCGCCCUGCGCGCGCAGGCGCCCUGACCUGGUGAGGGCGCGACAUUCGUGUGUUUUUUUUGCGCGUCCAGCAGUCGAGGGCUGGCCCAAAAAAAUUCUUCGCGCGCUGCGCGCGCCGUCGCCCUGAUCUGGUGAGGGCGCGAUGGGUUUUUUUUACGUGCCCACCAAUCGGGGCUGGCCGAAAAAAAAUUCACCACCCUGCGCGCGCGCGUGCCCUGACCUGAUCGGGGCGCGACGUUCAUAGUUUUGUUCUGUGUCCAGCAGUCGGUGGCUGGCCGAAAAAAAAUUAUUCGCGCGCUCGUUGCGCGCGCAGGCGCCCUGACCUGGUGGGGGUGCGACAGAUUUUUUUUUACGCGCCCGCUCGUCGGGGUCUUGCCGCCGGGAAAAUUUAUUCGCGCGCCGCGCGCGCAGGCCCCCGAACCUGGUGGGGGCGCGACGCAAUUUUUUUUGCUUCCAGGUGUCGCGGGUUGGCCGAGGAAAAAGCGAUCGCGCGUUGCGUGCGCGCAGGCGCCUUGGCCUUGGAGCGGGAAAAAAUUUUCUGCGUCGCGCCCGGAUGUCGGAGGCCUGGAGGCACCUGGCGCCGAACGUAGGCGCCUGCGUGCGCAGGCUGCUGCGCGCUGCGCGCGGGCGCACCUCAGACCGCGCGCGGCCGCAGAUGAUCCGCUUGUCGACAAGUGUGGGGACGACGACAAGCACUUCAGCAACUGUCACAGCAAGUGGCCCGCUUGUUUUUGUGCGAGUUGCCGCAGGCUCGCCCAAGUUAGUAGAAGGGGCGAAGAGAGUAGGUCUGUGCCUGCUGGCCGUUUUGUUCUGAGAGGAGGGUCGUUGCGUCAGUAGCUCGGGCCCCUAUCUCGCCCGCGUUGGUUUUUGCGUUUCGCAUGGGGAAUAGAUUCUGGGAACCCGCGGAAUCUAUGGGGCACACAGAAAAGGGCGGGAAGGAGACUAGGGAAGGGGGUAGCGACGCAGGUUGGGGGAUCGGGAAGCGACGAGGUUGCGGGGAUGUGGGCGUCGGGAAUGAGGAGGCUGGCAGGCCUGAUCAUGAACUACAAGAAGAUCUUCAACUGCGUGCAGGAGAGCCGAGGAGCUCCUCCCAUCUCCAGGGUUCUCCAGGACCGGAUCAUUGAGGGGCCCUCCCUUUUCCAGGUAGGGAUCCCGCCUUUUUCAAGGAGGGCUCCGCUCGCCCCCGUUUCGAGAGGGAAGAAGCCCAAGAUGGAGCAUCUCGGCUUCCUCAAGGGGGGGCGGCUAUGGUGGGGCCAUCGUUGGCCUACCUGCGGGUGGGAUUCAUUGUUGCACGCCUUCUUCGAAGGGGCACUCCACUGCAGCCGGUCCUUCGGCAAGAGGCGACUGCAGGCGGCCUUGCGUCAAGACGUGACUGCAGGGGGGCACAUGGCAGGCCCGCCUGCGGCUUCGCAGAAGGCGAGGGCGGCGGGUCUGUAUUGCAGAGCUGGCAGCUUCCACUGCCAAACAGAUGUCCUCGACUGCAGAAAAGAUGGCACUCACUGCAAAAAAGAUGGCCUCCACUGCAAAAAAGAUUGCCUCCACUGCAAAAAAGAUUGGCCUCCACUGCAAAAAAGAUUGGCUCCACUGCAAAAAAGAUGCGAGAGGGGCACUAUGGGGGCGUGGUGGGCAGGCCGUUAGCCGUUACUCUUUGUUAAAUCCGUUAACCGUUACUCUUUCUUCGAUCCGUUUUCCGUUACUCUUUGAAAACAUCACUUUCCUGCAGUCCGUUCCAUCUUUUCUGCAGUCAAACAACACUUUGCUGCAGUCGCUGCCUUCAGCAUCAUCUUUUUUGCAGUGCAACUGCAAAAAAGUUUAGUGUUCGAGCUUUUAGGACACGCCGUUCGGGCGCAGGGCUUGCCGGCCUACCCGUGGCGGACCCCGGGGCCCGCCCCCGGAGUCCUUUCAAAUGAAAGCGGGCGGGCCGUCGUGGUUCGGUUUCCAUCUCGCGAAGGGGAAUUCUUCGCCCAAUUCUUCGGGGAAUUUUUCGCGCAAUUCUCGAAAAGCGGAAAAAAAUCAGGGGGAAUUUUGCGGGAAUUCGUAGGAUUGGCCACGCAGUAAAAUUGCUAAUUUUGGGGGGAAUUCGGUGGGGGAAUUUUUUGGGAAUUCGGGCCCCCGGACCUGUUUCAUUGUAUUCGUGUGCGAUUUUGGCACCCCCCCGCCGGGGGUUGGCAAUUCGCAAAAAAUUGCACAUCGAAUUAAAGACGCAAUUAGAGAAAUUUUUUUUGGUAAUUUCCCCGGUCCGGGGCGGAAUUGCUCACCAAAUUGAACAAAAAUUGUACUCGGAAUUGGCUAAAAAUUGAACACAAAUUGAAACAAAAAUUGCCCGAGUUGGCUGAGGUGUAUGAUGAACGGAGCGCGCCACCUUGAAAGGGGGGCCUUGGUGUGGGCCCAUGUUUGGCGGCCUCGGUGUGGCUUCCCCUUCGUUCCUUUGGCGCGCCGCCGCGGGUUUUUGUGUAGGGUAUGCAGCCGGGGCCUGGGCGCCGUUCCGGCGCCUCCACAUACAGAGCCUCGCGCGGCCUGCCGAUUUUCAAAAUUGCGCAAGUUUUGCGCCCAAUUUAGCGCCUUAGGUUGUGCGGCCCCGUUCGCCUGAGGAACGAACAGCGCAGCGCUUUCGAUUACAAAACCCGGAAGACCAAACGGGAUAGGCGGCUAAUGUUGAAGCAUCAUCCCGACCAGGUGAAGAGCAAGAAGCUGACGGCAAAAGACGAAUUUGCGGCGCUUGUCAACUGGACGGAAUUUGAACAAGUGCGGAAGGAGGGCAAAGAGUUUGAGUGUUUUCGCUUCACCGUGGCUAAGUGUGCCGGGACGAGUUUGAAAAAGAUAAACUGCCUGCAAACGUUCUUCCAGGUGGAAUUAGUCGGGGGGAAAAACAGGCUCAGGCUUCUGGACAAAGCAGAGACGCAGGUAUACAGGGGGACGCACGUCUACCGCGCCGGGCACUAUGAUCGCAACCUCGGGGAAGAUGGUGGCGCCGGCGGCAGCAUGGCCAAACGGCCGAAGUUUGCGGCGCUAACAAACAACAUGUCCGCAGAGGAAGUAAAGGAGCAGGUAGAGCUUUCCAUCCAAGAGGAGAGCCAAAACUUCUGGAAAUGCCGGAAAGUAGUGGAGCGUGCUGAAGUUGAGGGAGCCAUGUGCCAGAACCUCGAGGAUCGGGAUGAUGUUGCUGCCCUCUGUGGUAUUGCUUUACUAGCUCUAGCUCUACCGCUAGCUGCUGGCAGUGCUAUAGUAGCUGCUGGAGGUUUAGGCUUUGGCUUUGGUUUACUUUUUGAAGAUGGGUAUGAGCAGACGAAGACUACGAGAGCGAGACGAUGCAGCGUGCGAGCAGUUUUUGAUUUUUUGUAGACAGCGCCUGCAGAGAAGAGGACGAUCGAACUCAUCUCACAUGCGAAGAGCUUGCUGCGCUUGCUCUUGAUCGUCGGCGCUGGGUAGUGAAUAGAACAGCCGUGCUGUUGUUGCUCUUCAUUCUCAUACUCAUCUUCGUGUGAAAGUGAGUGCGUCUGUUGUUUUUUUGAUGCUCAUAGCUCGCUCUCGUUUCCGAUUCCGUGCUUCUACGUGUUGCAAUCGUAAAAAAUGGAACAAUGAAAACAGACUCCGACACUUCCGCCAGUCAACGCGUCGCGGUUCCCGUCUACGCCCCGUCCGGAAAGUCGAUCAUCACCUACGAGAUGAGAGCCCCGCCUUCGCCUAAGGCGUCCGCGUCUAGUAGUCCUGCUCCCGGGAUGCAGCAGCAAGGCGUGGCGUGCGCACCCGGGACGACAAACAAAGAAAUUGCGGCGGCUGCGUUGAACAACCUGCCGGAGCAGGAGCGGACCCGUCCGGUCCUAGUCGUGAGGCUAGGACCGGACGCGACGCCCGACAGAUCGGGCAAAAGUUUCGCGAUAGAAGUGGUUCUCGUCAGGAUGCAGAACUGCGAGACCGAGGAACUAUUGCUGAGACAAUGUGUUCCGCUCGCUUGUUCCCAUGAUGGUGGUCAUAUGAGUGCUCUCUCGGACCUGUGCGACCGCCUGGGGGACACGGUCCCACUCCCAGGGGACCGCGUCGCCGACUGGCCAGGGGACCCAGUUGCUGCGUAUGCAGUUGCCCAAGACGCCGGCUCCGACAUCGUAACAGCUAUGCGCAUCUUCGCCGAAGGCAGCGCCGCCACCAACAUAGAGAGGGCGGAGCAGCAGCAGAACGGGACACCAAAACAGCAAUGGCUCAUAGAGACUUUUCAUCUGCCGCUGUUAUGCACGCGCCACCAGGCCAGCUUGCUCGAAGGCGAGCUUGUGCAAAUAGUUACAGCCUACAUGCCGGAUUUCUUCCUCGGCCUGAGUGCGGUCGUGCGGUCGGUGAAUUUGUACAAGGGCAAAACUAUUAAAACAAGCGACCCGAAGUAUUUCAACCUACGCGCUUACGCGGAGCACCGGUGGCAGACGCUGUGCGUCACCCUGGGCGACCUGAUCAAGUACGAGAAGGAAGCGCGAGCAGUAGUAGAAAAUACAUCGGCGCAGAACAAACAGGAAGAGCAGAAGAAAACCCUCGCUAACGCGAGGAAGGCGCUCGGGAGCCGGGAGCUCAUGCAUGUCGUUAAGAGUCUCGAGAAUGCCAUGGAGGCAGUGGAGCACGUGCGCAACGCGAUCAAGCGCGACCAGGAGCUGGUCUACACGUCGGCCAAGCACACCGAAGUGAAGCGGUACACGCCGCCGACUCGGACACAGCUGGGCAACAUGUUGAUGAAGCGCCUGCUCAUUCGCGAGGGGGAUACUUUGGGGCUCUGCCUGAAGCUGGAGAUCUAUCAUCGUCUCCCCGAUAGGUUGAAACAAGUGCACAGCUAUCCCCACCAGUUCCUGCCCUGGACAAGCGGCGACAAGCAAUUGGUGAAGGAGUCGGCGAAGCGGUUUCUGAGCAUCCACCUCAACAACAAAGCUAACUUCCUGCGGUUUUUGCAAAAGAGAUACAGCAACGAACUCACGAAGGGAGCGGAGGCGGGGCAUUUGAGCAAGCGGCUGCGACAGCUGCUUGUCCCGGUGAACCGCCAAACAGUACCUAGCAAUCAAUACUGCGAAGCCUUGCAGUCCGCGCACCAACAAGAGAAGGCCUUGGCCCCCGCCAUAAAACAAGCCAGGAACGGAAUCAGGGUGCAGCGGGCCCGAACGAACCAGAAGUCGUGGGCCAAGUGGCAAGAACGCAAAGAGCAAUGGAAGAACCUGCAUGACCGGCGCCGCAAAGUCGUGAAGGAAAGAAGCACACCAGUAAAAAGGUUUGCGCGGGAGGUGGACCCGCUCAAUAAGGUCGCGCGCGAUGAGGUUGGGCGCAGGGGUCGCAUACACCCGAGUCUGGACACCUUGCUUACCAUCCGCAAUGCAAAAAGUACGACGCCACGGCUAUCGGCGAAGAACAAAAAAGGGCUGGCGGCCCGUUCGGGAAGAGCGGAGCACUGGUCGUUGCGCCGGAGAUCGCAAAAGACGAGCUGCUGGACGUGCCGCUGAUCCAUGACCACAAAAACGGGCGCGGUUGCUCUUUGAGCAUGUCCUUGCUCGAUGUGGUGCGCAAGCUCGAAACAAAGCCUGCUCCUGCACCCGCUCCCGCGCCGGUCAUGAAAAAGAAACCAAAAGCCGCGGCGAAGAAGAAGGCGAUGUGGUGGGUUAAGACGCCGGCUGACGAUAGUAGUGAUAGCGACGAGAAGAUGUGCUCGAGAAGAAGAAGCGAUCGAAAGAAGAGAAGAAACAGCAGAAACAGCUCGCCAAGGCGUUCGGGUGGUGGUUGUGUUUUAGUAAGAACGGGCGGAAGGGGAGGAUGAUUCGACUACAGGGGGGAGACGACGUUGACCAGCGGGCGUUUGCGUUCUCCUUCCAUCCUGACAUGGAGGUCAUCACCUUCAGCAAGUGGAUAGAGAUGUCGCAGGAGCGCGAAGACCUGCGGCAGAAGUUCAAGUGCGAGGUGCUGCAAGGCGCCUCUCCGCUCAUCUAUCCUUCCAGUUACUACGGAGGAAGCAGGUAAUGAUCCGCGAUUCGGAAGUCAACUGUUCGUCCCCGAAGGACACACGUACAAACUUCAGCGGGCCGCGUAUCUGCAGCAUUCGGAAGUUUGUUCCAGGCGGGAAGUAAAGGAGGUGUCGCGGGUCGGGUUGAUCGAUGAACGGAAGCAGCAGGGUGACAGCAUGGAGUUCGUCGCGCGUGAUGGGCGGAUCGAAUAUGUUGCCCGCGAUGAAAGGGCGGCAAAGUGGAAGGACACCGUUGACAUUUCUCGCGCGGUGCCCGAGUGCGGUCUGUGCAAGGACCUGAACAGCGCUUACCUCAUCUACAGGCCCGAGCAGAGGACGUGGCUCUGCGCGGUCAUGGCGAAGGGAUCCGCCGAAGCACAGCAGACAGAGUGGAAGCGUUUUGGUGCUUCCACCGGCGGUGGUGUGUAUGAUCAAACAAAGAUCAUGCAGGCGCGGAAGCGGCUGUUGCGCAGGAUCUUUCUGCUCAAGGAGUGGGGUGAUGUUCCGGAAACAACGGACGCUAUGGAGACGCUUUCGUGCGGUGAGUUGGAGCCGUACAUCCGCGCGACCAAGGACAUGCCGGCUCCGCAGGCUGCUACUUACGACGAUGGCAACGACAUCGAUUAAGCAUAAGCAGGAUUAUCAUCAGCGUCAUACUUCAACUACCAACGUUCACGAAAAAACCACGGAUAGGAAGCAGCCCCAGCUCCGCCUACAUGUCUUUCCACUUCUUCGCCAUCCCCUCGCGGUUUGCAACUGCCGGCUAGUCGUGUCCGGGGCGACGUAUUUGCGCCAUGCCAGCACUGGACUCUCGAGCUUUUGACUUACCGCGUCGACCGUUGCUUAUCUCCACACUAGGAACACGUGACUGCGCGUCGGAUUGCGUGGAUUAGUGAUCAGGCUUACUCCGUGUUUUUCUAUGCUAAUACUUGCAGACGCACUGCGACUUCGCCUGCAGCUGUGCCCAGACAUACACGCUACUUUGAUGCGCUCUCUGCGGUCGAGGUAUCUCGCUUCCGUUACUUUUUUCAAAAGUAACGAUCUGCAUAUCUAUCGCGAGCAUCAGCAUUGAGUAAGCACAGCAUAGAUCGAGCGUUGCAGUCACGCGUCGAGAUUUUGCUUGCAUACUGAGCAGCGGAGAUGGCGGCGGUGAUGUGGGAGGAAGCCGUAACUGCCAAGAUGGCACGUUCUUCGCCGUGGGUUCCGAGAGCUAUAUUUUCAGUCUUCUCUUUUUGUUUGUUCUUGAUCUUGUUUACAACAUUUCCUUCCCAAUCUCAAAACAAAUACUUUAUGGCAAGCACGUACGCGCUCACUUGACACAGAGAAGGUCUUCAAUAAUUCAUAGUAGUACUGCUUUCGUAUCAAUCGGCGUCGCACUUGAUUGCGCCGCGCAAGCCAGGAAAUAUGUGCACGGAUGUGCAAAAGCGUAGUGAUCCCUCCGCAGUUUCGCACGCAAAAAAAGAAAAAUAACAGCAAGUGCGUAGGCUACUGCGCUCCUUCGUCAUCGCGCAAGAGCGCAAUACAGCACCGGUAGGCAGCACUCUGCAACAACAUAGCGCCGCGGAUUAUAGCAAAAUAUGUAUGAUGCAAGUGUAUACCUCAUUGAGAAAUCGGCUCUAUUGGCAGGCAGAGAGAGCCUUUUUACCUGGCAAAAGUGUCGGCGUUCUGCACAAUCACAAUGCAAACGAUCCAGGAGAGAGAGCCCGAAACGGUCGGGGAAAUUGAGAAAAUUGCUGACAUUCCGAGAAAAAGUGAUGGCGUUCGUGAGCCUCCAAAGUUGACGCUCUGCAGAAUCUUCAGAAAGCACGUGUUUUGAGGUCAAAAAAUCCAAAAUCUUCAAGAUUUUGAGCUCAAAUCCUGAAGAUUUUGGAUUUUUCAGUGAAAGCGAGGCCGUUUUCUGAAGAAUCUUCAGAGCGGCGACUUUCGACACUCACGGAAGUCAUCAACUUUUCACAGAUUUCGACGAAAAAAAUGAUCCCGCUCCCGGGAAAUAUGCUCGCACAGAAAGAAAAGCGAACGCGUUUCCCCUUAGAAGUUGUCCCCUGAUCAUUAGAAGUUGCCCCCUGAUCAACGUCGCGCGCCUCCUUGUCUGGGCCUUCAGAAGUACAUACAAAAUCACAAAACUCCUCUGCACAAGAUCAAAAAACGCUGCUUCUUGCCUUCGGUUUUACCUUCGUGAUGUGCUUCUCGCACCAUUUUCCAAUGAAAAAGCAGCAGCGUGAGGCGCGAGAGUUGUAGUUAUUGUGCUCUGCGUACGCACAAAAUGGAGCAAGCGCGGCCGCGUUUCGACACCACGCCGAGCACGCUCGCCACCGAUGAGGAGUGCGAGGAGUUCAUCCGCUUGGUCGCCGACGGCACGAUCAAAAGCCACAAAGAAGUGCGCGACUUUGUGCGGAUCCGGUUGCUAGACCGCUCCCGCGCGCAGCUGCUGGCGAUCGGGCGUCGCUUGUUGCAAUCAGUGAAGAACCAUGAAGGAAGCGAGGGACUUUUUUUUUAAAAAGUCUGUCUAUGCCACCACAAUUCCGCAUCAUCUGACUUCGCAUGAAGCACAUCGCUCUUCAUCCAUCUUCAAGCUACUACCUCCAACACAGAUACAAGCAUCGCGCUCGCAUGUGUUCCCACGUGGGCGGUAUCGUCGAUGCCUUCGCCGAGGCGCGGUUCGUGGCGCGUGAGCCCAUUGGUGCCAUCGCGAAUCCGGAGACCGACACGUUCGAAGUGAUUGAUGGAGGGCAUCGCGCGGAAGCGCUGAAACAAGGCGCGAGUCGUCAUGGUCUCGACCCGGAAACCGUCGGACUGACGUACAUUGUGUUUGCAUACUCUUCAUCUUCAUGCUCAUCUUCGUGCUCGUGUUCACAUAGGAACUUGCGCCCGAGGACGAAGCUGAGCUGCAAAGAACGGCCGUGGUCAUCUUCUCCCGUGUAUUCUCUCUGCGAUUUCAGCUUCGCUCCAAGUUGUCACGCACGAACUUCGCGGAGCGUAGCGCGCUGAUGUUUCUCCUUUUCGAGUCGAAACAUGUAAAAUCAAGAAACCUAAAGCAGGUUGAUGAUUUUUCACCCCAAGCUGUUAAAAUUCCCGGCGAUCAUCGAAGUGUCCACGGCCGUGUGUAACGAAGGACAAACCGGGUUAGCGAUGUGCUUUCAUCAGAAAGCGCGCUCGUUCCGGAAGGUAUUUCUAUUGUCGCUUUUAGUUUCAUGGAGGUGCAAUCUGUGUCGUAUGCAAGCUGAACAUCGGGAGCACUUUUAAAGCUUCAUCCUGCUUGCAGCCUGUUUCUGAUAAUAGUUUGGCCUGUUGAUGUAGCGCGUCAGCGUCUCAAUACUUUGGUGACCAGUUAUCUGCUUGAUAGUACUAGGCGCGACGCCUGAGCGAUACAAAUGCCCCGCAGUGCUGCGCCUCGGUGUAUGCGAAGUUAUUAGAUUCGCCGGUCAUGAUUCGGCGUCUUUAGGUCGAAGCGUCUUCCUAGCGAUUCGAGUUUUUGCCUCCAUAGCUUCGUAGCCAAAAUUGAGCACCCUGCUACUUGCCGGCGCGAGCCCACUCAGUUUUUCUAUUUGCUCCUUGAGAAAGGCCUUCGCGUCUUUCUCGGGCUCGAUGCGCACCCAUUUUAAGCGUCCUCUACCGCCCGGAGUGUCGGCAAGUUUCGAGUUGCCAAUUGGGAUUUUGUCUAGGUGGAUGUCUCGCGCCUCGAGAUACCGAACAUCCAUGCCGCGACGGCCUGUGAAGGUCUGUAUCGUCCACGCAAGGCGAUAUAGUUCCCCGGCCCGUUUUUUGCGGCCACUGGUCGCCUCCAAGUGUUCCGCGAAGCGGUUACAGUCCUGCUUGCUUAGAGAACCACUCCGCUCCUCUCCGUCGAUGUCUUGUUCUUGGUCCCGCACUGCCACUUCCGCUUUCCGCUUUUUCGUGAUAGCGCGCAUGGCCUUCUUCCUAGCCUUGCCCUUCUUCGUACUAGAUUUGGGAUGGCGGGCCAGUUCGUUGCGUCUCGGGUCGAUCGUGAUUUGUUAGCAUGCCGCGCUGCCUUGCGGGAAGCAAGCUUCUUUUUCAUCGCAUUGGCCUUUCGCUUUGCCAUCUUGUUAGUUUCUGUGAUCGAAAAUUCAAAGCGAGUUCCUGUGUAGCACUGCCUCGCUUGAAAUGCGCCUCGUGUAGCGUAGCGCUGUAUCUCCCUCCGUGGUUGCGAAAUCAAAAACAAAGCACCGCAUGAGUAAGAGUAAGCAGAGUGCGCCGAUUUUCAAGUUCAUAGCAAGCAUGUCUACAUGGCACGAAGUAGAAGUAACACAAAGCACCAACAUAAGCCCAUCGCUUCGGCGUCAGCUUUUUUGUUCUUUUUGUCGCUGGGAGUUGCAGUGUUUGAAAGAAGGGCCAGUGGGAGACUCGCAUCGAUGCAACUAAAGCUCAUCACUCUCAGAUCCGUUUCUAACUCGAGUUCUAAUUCCUUACGUCUUACACUUACGGUUGCACUUACGCUAUUUUUUUUCCUACAUGUGCAUGAGCAUGGUCAUGAUAUUACUAGCGGCGCUGUCAAUACCAACUACAAUUUCAAUUGCAGACUCAUGCUGAAAAAGUAAAAGAUCAACUCACUCGCAUGCUGAAAAAGAAAAACUAAAGCAGAGCCGUCGUCUCGCGGACCCACCCCGAGCAGAUGCUAUGGAACCAGCGCGAGUGCUUCCUGUCGGCUGUGUGGAUUCUCUUUCCGGGUUCCAAGCGUCCGCUGCUGGGCCGCCUGCCCAAGGGGUGUGGUGACCUGUUGACGUACGAGGUGCUGAUGGACCUGAUGCGGCUCAUCAAGUACAACAGCGACGCCACUCUGUCGGCCCGGUCCGAGUGCAACAGGAUCCGCAUCUCCCUGACUUGCCAGCGCGUCCGCAACUCGCUGUUGAACCACACCCCCGACGUACCGGCUUCGCAAGGAGCCACUGGCGCCACGCUCGACGCCAUGAGGUCCCACAGCAACGUGUGCACCGCCAAGGACCCCCAGAGCAUCGGAUUGCGGCUGCACCCCGUGAACGUCGUCGAGUGGGGGCACAGUGCCCAACAGGCUGCGGAGAAGAAGUCCUGCGAAGGUUACGUUUUCAAAUUAAAGACGGUGAUCAAGAACUGCCUGGACAUGGAGACGGGCGCGUGGCUGCACUCCAGCUUCACACACCCUCCAGGAGCGGGGAGCUGCGCUUUCCGUCGCUAACAGCCUGAAGGUUGGUGACGUGUGUCGUCUGCACAUGGACACUGACACCGCGUUGGGAGCCGGGUUCGCUGGGCGGCAGAUCGAGAUCAAGAAGGGCCACGCGAUCAGCGUCGACUUGGCCGAGGUGAAGGGACGCAAAAACACCGCGCAGAAGGAGCAUCAGGAUAAGGCUGACGCCGCGCAGAAGCGGCACAAAAAGACGAAGGGCGCGGAGUACGACUCUCCCGCGGAGUUCCAGAAGGCCAUGGACGACUUGGACAAGGACUGGAAGCGGCAGAGCGAGACUCUCGAGCGUCAGAUGAACACUGCCAAGGCGCGCAAGUUUGUCAAGGGUAUGGUCACCGCGACUGGGAAAGAGCUGGAAAGCGUAUCGCUUUUUGUUUUUGAUUUACAAUUAGAAUCGAUAGCGCAAAUACUGAUAGUUUUGCUUUAGUGUUGAUUUUGUUUCAGUUACGUCUACAGUGAGUUGCACACGUGGUGACUAGUUCUAGAGUUAAGGUUAUGCUUAUGCUGUUAUAGUUUUAGUUUAUGGCAAAGGUAAUGGCGUCGGUCGUUCGCUUUUCGUUUUUAAUUGCAAUACAGUCUACAACUCCUGAUACACAGUAUCAGACUCCGCUCGACGCGCUGACCAUCGACGACGUGCCUCUUUUAUCGCGUGACUGAUCGACCCGGCCAGCGUGUGCGAAGACUGGGAAGCUCCGAGCGACAUGCCCAAGCGCUUGGGCGUCUUUGGCGUCCGCACCCCGAUCCUGAUGCUCGGUUGCAAUGGACUCCCGUAUUUGGCGCGUAUGACGUGCUCCAACUUGGACAUGGCCUGGAAGUUCAGCGGCAAUUUCGACAACCAGAUCGAAUCCAUCAUCUUCCGCCCGCGCCAGAUCGUACAACUUUUCCCACUUUCGGCAUUGUGUUGCUAUUCGGGCUACUUUUAGUACUAAUAACGCAGCAGCAUCGUCUUCGUCUUCAGCUUCAACUUCGUCUACAACUACAGCAGCAUCUACAUCAUCAUAGACGAGCUGCAGUUCUUGUUUUUGCUGCUAUUGCUACACAGAGAGCUUUGAGCUUCAGCAUCAACAUGGCGGGAAAUUUUUAAGCUUUAACAUUGAGAAGCAGCGCACAGCUGCGCUUCAGUGUUGGCUUCGAGUUGAUCCUUGACGCAGCCGCUGCUAGUUGCAGUUGCUCUUGUUUUUUUAGUCGUUGCGAGCCUACAACGAACCAGCUGCGUCUUGAUCUUCCUCUUCCUCUUCGACCAUUUCAUUAUAAAGACUCUCAACCAACUCCAACUCUGACAACAGACCACCAGCAGCGACUUGGUCAUCAACUUACUUCAAAGCUCCGGCGCCGCGCUACAGGGUCGCGGUGAUUCAGACCGGCACCGAGAAGCUGUCCAAGGAGAAGAAAAAAGAAGCCGACAAAGCCGCGAACGCGCUGAACCGCCUGACCAGGAAGACCGCUGACGAAGCCGACAAGGCUGCUUCUAAGGCUUCGAAGAAGCGCCCCAAGUCUUCGGCGUCCGGAACUGGUGAUGAGGGCUCGAGUUUGGAGAAGGAGCAGCAGGACGUGGCGAACAAGGCGCGCGCCGACUUGUUCUUCCGUCCGGUCGUGUUGGACGCGGACGUGGAGGAACAGGAGAAAAAGUAAGGAAAAUGGGGGAAAGCGCAGUCGCGCUGGUACCGAGGAGCUUGCCUUCUGCAAGGAGGAUUCUCCGUCUGGUAAGCGCAGCCGCGGACAGUCGUUUGAGGAGGCCGAGGAGCUGCUGAAACAUGUCGCCGACCGCGUGUGGCAGACCCUGAAGGCCAGCAUCGACUUGACCCCGGACGAGCUGAAGGCCAUCUGUAAAAAGGAGGCCGAGGUCAAGGGCGCGCGUGCCAAGAACAGCGCGUACUGGGGCGAGCAGAUCGCCCUGGCCAUGUCUGCGUACACCAUGAUGGACGAGGAGAACAUGGAGCGCAUGAACGACUCCGACCUCGAGGGCGGGCAGUUGUUCCUGCGUACCGGCAUGCCCGCGAUGAAGUCCGCGCACGAGGAGUUGAUGCGCCAGGCCCAGGGAUCCUCCAGCUCUAGCUCGAGUUCGAGUUCUUCGUCCUCCACCAACAACAACAACAAACCGGAGGCGUUGUUGCCGACGGAGUCGGAGGCGGAACAGGAAAAGUCGAAUUCUGAUGAUGACGAAAAAGAGAAGUCAUCUGAGAAGAAGAAAGAAUAGAGUCUAUGUUUGUAGAACUAAAAGCACAGCUACUCUUUUGAGUGUCACACUCGCAGCGGGUCGGUGUUUUCGCUACUACUUGUUUGCUACCUUAUUCGUUACAUACUUAUUGUGCCGGUAAUGUGAAUGCAAGCACGUGGCGCAGCUCGACUCGUGUUGUGGCUUUAUGCUUUUCGCUCGUCAGAGCAGAACCCCUAACGCAGCCACAUACUCGGUUGCAUUUCGUUGUAUUUGUAUGCAUCGAAAGCCAUCUCUUGUCUGGCGCUGCUUCAUAGCGAUGCUUCUGCUGUAGCUUUGGAGCUGUUGUCAGUCGUCAAAACAAUUUGUCACGACAGCUAUGCUUCAUGGGAAGGAAAAAAUCCCACUUCUAUGCUAAGAAAGGAGGAGGCAUCGGCUUGA